AUGGAGAAAAAAGAAGAAAAGUUUAGUUCGGUCGCAAGAGGUUUGGGGAAUUACGUCGAUGCUCUUAAGAUGAUAAAUGAUUUCUCAUCUUCCGCUGAAAGGGAAGAGAGUGAGGAGUUCGAUCAUCUUGAAGGUGAAAUACUUGAGUAUUUGGGGAAAAAAUCAACGAAUCCUGCGUUAAAAUUCACUUUCUUGUUGGGUUCAGUUUCUUCGUUCUCCAAACUUGAACGCUUUCCUCUGUAUGCUGCAUUUUCUCUGUUGAAUCUGGUCAGAGAGUACAAAUCCGUGGUUUAUAACAAGAUGGCUUCUAUUUACACCCAAAAAGCUCUCCACUUUCUUAAGCCGAUAGAUCGUUUUCUGGCAGAGAGGCUGACAUUGGAAACUUUAGAAGCAAGAAUUGAUAAAGGUCCUGUUCCAGAGAUGCCCGUUGGUUCUCCUCUCAUUCGUAUUCGGCUGGUUCCGGAUACAGAGGAUUAUGAGAGGCAGAAGUCGUAUUGGUUAGGUCUAGAUGAUGAAGGUUCCAAUUUCUGGAAGGUUCCAAUUUCUGAAUUCAAAACCUAUGUGGAGGCCAAAACUGGAGCAGUGAAAGAUCUGGAGAUAGUUCUCAAAUAUGUUAAGAAGAAUCUGAAGUGGAUAGCCUGGAUUUGUAGAACUUGCUCUAAGAAGUUCUCUACUCGACAAGCAUGUCACGAUCAUCUGGAACAAGAACAUGCUACAGGGCUUAUACCGUCUCAGAGAAUGCAUAUGCCUCAGAGGAUAAGUGAGGAUUGGGCUGAUAAGGUAUCAUCAGUUAGAGACUGGAAACCAGUGGAUGCAGUAGCUGCUGUUCAAAUGAUCAAGGAUCAGUCUGCACAUGUGAAAUCGUUUGUGUAUCAGGAUGGGUGGUGCAAUGACUGGCCUUUAGCUACGGAUCAGGUUAUAGCGCGCAGCCAGUUACUCAAAGAGAUCCGAUCACUCCUUGUAACCUUCAUCCAACAUAAGGUUCUCUCAGAUAGCUUUCGAGAGAGGGUGGUGUAUUCCUUGGUUCUAAAGCUUGGCAUUUCAAAACAGAAGCUUAAAGACUGUCGCCUACUGGAAACACCUCAGAGUAUCUGUUUUCUGGAGUGUGAUGAACUCAACAGAAUCCUUGUCUUUCUGCGGAAGAUCAAGAGUAAAAGGGAUGAUGGUACUAAUCUUGUUUGCCAAGCAGUGGAUGGUUUCUUGCAGAGUAGUCUGUUUAGAGGAAAGAUAUCCGUUGACUUGCAGUUUUCGUUUCUACUUCUGGAUAAACAACUGCUACUAGGGGAGCUUAAGCAUUAUGAUGAUGAAGGAAAACUGCAGUUUCUUGUACCGAGUGAUUACUAUGGCAAGGUUCGUUCACGUGGUGAUGCUAUCUUAACGUGGUUACAUGACAAUGUGAAUGUUUCACAAGAAGAGGAUGGCUUUGUGUUUCCAAAACCCCCUGACGCUAACAACUAUGGGAUAUGGCUGGCUGUACUACGAGCCAUUCACCUCACCGUUAGUCUCUUGGUGGCAAAAAUAGCUCGUAAGAAGCAGUUAGUAGAGGAUUCCAAUGCUUUGCACGAAGCCCAAAUUCUUUGUCAACAGAAGAAAAAGGAGAAGGAUGAAACGAAGCAGGUUCUUGCAACUCUUCUACCUGAAACAUCACCAGAAUUUUAUGUAGCACAUAUAGAUAUCCUAAGUAAGCUGACGGAUGACGACGACAUUUUAGCUUCCAUUGGUAAUCUCUUCUCAGGGGUCCUAGAAGAGGUUGCUGAAACUGACUCUAGUAUCCUCUUGAUUGAAAAGUCAAGGAUUGCUCUACUUGGUGAGCUCAACCAACUAGCGUUUUUUGACUACAGAUCUUAUGUUGCUAGACACCUCAAAAAGUUUCUGUUAACCAAGCUCUGAGUGAGAGAGGUUUUUUACCAUAUUUGAUUUGUGUUUGAGUGAGAGAGAUAUGUUCAUUUUUCACUUUUUACAAACCAACAAGUUUAGAGUUACCAAAUAUUGAUUUCUGACUCAAAAAUAACUUGGUCUCUGUGAAUGUGUGUUGUUUUUGCUGCUGGUUUGGAUUAGUGCUCUUGCUAUAGCUUUG